CCGUCUCCAAAUCGAUAACAGCUCCGUCACCCAAUCAGUCCUUCCUUCAAUCUCACUCGUCUCCUGUAAUCCUCCCUACUCUCUCUCUCUCUCUCUCGCGUUCCUAUCUCUUCACUUUCUCUCUCUCUCUCUCUCUCUCUCUCUCCAUGAGAGCAGAGAGCGGACGAUGUCGCUGAGAAGAUCGCUGUUUCGGAGCCGAACCAGCCGGUCCUUCUUCCUCUCGAAGUCGUUGAAGGAAUUCAAGGCCCUUGAAGUUGCGGACGCCGGAUCCGUGCCGAGAAUUGGUGUCGGGAGCGACGACGAAGACGUUGACGGCGAUGGCGACGCCGCGCGCGGUGGCUCUUGGUCCACUAUGCUCCCGGAGCUUCUGGGAGAGAUCAUACAGCGAGUGGAGUCGAGUGAGGAUCGGUGGCCGCUUCGCAGAAACGUCGUGGCUUGCGCCUGCGUGUGCAAGCGGUGGAGAGACAUCACUAGGGAGAUCGUUAGGUCCCCUCUGCACAGUGGCAAAAUCACUUUCUCAUCUUGCCUCAAACAGCCAGGACCACGUGACUUUCCGCUUCAAUGUCUUAUAAAACGGGACAAGAAGAAUGCAACAUUUUACCUAUAUCUCGCUCUAAAUACAUCUUCAUUUUCUGACACGGGAAAGUUUCUAUUGGCUGCACGAAGAUAUAGGCAUGGUGCACACAUAGAGUAUGUAAUUUCCCUCGAUGCAGAUGAUCUGUCUCAAGGAAGUAAUGCUUAUGUUGGAAAGUUAAGCUCUGAUUUCCUUGGCACCAACUUCACAAUCUAUGACAGCCAGCCACCACAUAGUGGUGCAAAGCCUUCUAGCAGUAGAGCUAGCCGCCGCUUUGCAAGCAAGCAGAUAAGCCCUCAAGUUUCAGCUGGCAACUUUGAGGUUGGACAGGUCUCUUACAAGUUCAACCUCUUGAAAUCCAGAGGUCCGAGGAGAAUGAUUUGCUCACUGAAGUGCUCACCUCCAAGAGAAUCAACCAGUGCCAAAAUAUUGGACUGCAAGAAGCAGAAAUCAGAAACUGAUACUUCUGCAUGCACAGUUUUGAGGAACAAAGCUCCGAGGUGGCACGAGCAAUUGCAGUGCUGGUGCUUAAAUUUCCAUGGUCGGGUCACUGUAGCAUCAGUAAAGAACUUUCAACUGGUUGCAACAUUGGACCAAAGCCAGCCAGGAGGAAAAGGAGACGAGGAAACAGUGCUCCUACAGUUUGGCAAGGUUGGAGAUGAUACCUUCACCAUGGAUUAUAGGCAGCCCUUGUCGGCCUUCCAGGCAUUUGCAAUCUGUCUCACUAGCUUCGGCACAAAACUGGCCUGUGAGUAAAAUAUAUUCUGCUGCUAUCUGCCUGUCUGUGUAUCCAAGAGACAGAAGCUCCUGGAUAAUGUUUUAAGAUAAGGUCUUCAUUUGUCUUUUCCAGUUAAUAUAUUUUCUGAACAGGUUUGAUUUGAUCAGGAAAGCAUAUGAUGUACAUGUUUCUAUGUAUGAAUAUGACUCGACUUUAGGUGAAA